GUGCUAUGGAGAUAUGAUGGCAAAAAACCAGAUAACUUAGGACCCAACACCCGGUUGUAUAAAUGGCUUCCCCAGAAUGACCUUCUUGGCCAUCCAAAAACCAAAGCCUUUAUAACUCAUGGUGGAAGCAAUGGUGUUUAUGAGGCCAUCUAUCAUGGGAUCCCUAUGGUGGGCACUCCUUUGUUUGGUGAUCAAGCUGAUAACAUCGCUCGAAUGAAAUCCAAGGGAACAGCUGUCAGGUUGGACUUGGAAACAAUGUCAACAAGAGAUUUGCUAGACGCAUUGAAGGAAGUCAUUAAUAAUCCUUCCUACAAAGAGAAUAUGAUGAGAUUAUCAGCCAUUCAACAUGAUCAGCCUAUGAAGCCCUUGGACAGAGCAGUCUUCUGGAUCGAGUUUGUCAUGCGCCACAAAGGAGCCAAGCACUUGCGGCCAGCUCUCCAUGACCUCACCUGGUUCCAAUACCACUCUCUGGAUGUCAUUGGGUUCCUGCUGGCCUGUGUGGCAACUGCCAUAUUUGUCAUCACAAAAUGUUGUCUAUUUUGUUGCUGGAAGUUUGCUAAAACAGGAAAGAAGGGGAAAAGAGACUAGCUGUAUCUGAGACUCAGCGCAGGUGUCCCCAACCUCUGAGAUCAAAUGCCUGAUGAUCUGGGGUGGAGCUGAUGCAAUAAUAGAAACAAAGUGAGCAAUACA